ACAGGCGUAAAGUGAAAAGCUAUGGUUUGGGUCCUACCGGCUUGAGGUCAGGGGUGUUCGUAUGCGGCGUCUCCUCCACAUCGUCCUACGGAAUCAGUUGUGCUGCUUCUUUUAUCGACAUUCUUUUUUGAGAAGUUAAUAACAACACUGAUACUAGCGUGAUGGCAGUUCCUCCAGCAUAUGCAGACCUUGGGAAAUCAGCAAAGGACAUCUUUAAUAAAGGAUAUGGCUUUGGACUGGUCAAGCUUGAUGUGAAAACAAAGUCUUCAAAUGGAGUCGAAUUCAAGACUUCUGGCUCAUCGAGUGUGGACACUAGCAAGGUCGUAGGAUCCCUGGAAACCAAGUACAAGUGGUCUGAAUACGGGCUGACGUUCACAGAGAAGUGGACCACAGAAAACACACUUGGAACAGAAAUCUGUGUGGAGGAUCAGAUAACAAAGGGGUUGAAACUCUCGUUUGACACCACCUUUUCACCCAACUCUGGCAAGAAAAGUGGCAAAAUAAAGAGCGCCUACAAACGAGAGAACCUCAACGUUGGUAUUGAUGCUGAUUUGGAUUUUGCUGGUCCUACUAUUCAUGCAGCAGCAGUCGGUGGCUAUGAGGGCUGGCUGGCUGGCUACCAGAUGACUAUUGACACAGCCAAAUCCAAAUUGACGCAGAGUAACUUUGCAGUGGGCUACAAGACGGAGGACUUCCAACUCCACACUAACGUGAAUGAUGGCCGAGAGUUUGCUGGGUCCAUUUAUCAGAAGGUAAACGACCAACUGGAAACUGCAGUGAAUCUUGCUUGGACAGCAGGCAGCAACGGCACUCGCUUCGGUGUUGCUGCCAAGUACCAGCUGGACCCUAGUGCCUCCAUAUCAGCCAAGGUGAAUAAUGCCAGUCUCGUAGGCAUUGGUUACGCACAGACUAUACGACCUGGUAUAAAGCUCCUCCUUUCUGCUCUUGUGGAUGGGAAGAAUAUAAACACUGGUGGUCACAAACUUGGUCUGGGUCUGGAGUUGGAGGCAUGAGGACACUUGAGGAUGAGAUUUUCUGGGUGGUGACAUAAAUAGAUAGAAGGAAAAAAUUGAAGCCAAAGCAGAGGCGAGCUGAGUUCAGAAGACGGGUGGAAUACGGAAUCUGUCUUUGCCUCUUUUCGUUGUUCAUAUAAGUAAUAAUCAUAAUUGACUAUUGAGUUAAUUCAAUGUUUCUUCCCUUUGUUGUUGUUUUCUCUGUAAAUUGAAACUCUGACAAUCCAGGAGUGGUUUAAGAAAAAAAAGUGUCCCACUGUAGAAUGUACAUCAAAGUUUGGCUUUGCACAGUAGAUUACCUUUGUUUAAUAAUUCUCAUCUUCUGCUCUUGUGUUGUUUGCACGCUGUAUUUUGAUGAUCACUUUUGAGUCGGUAAACGAACUACACGGUUCUAGACUGACUUAUUUUCACUUGUCUUCUUAGAGAGUCUUAGCUGAGCCAUGUGAUGGGUUCCAAACCUUCACUACCUUAAAAACCUAACUUUUAAGAGUUGCAAGAAUGUGUAAACUAAUUUAUUUUAUCAAUCUGACAAGAGAGAGGAUAUCUGACGUGACUCUGAGGCAGUCUGUCUGUCGGUACGUAUCCUUUGCAAUAAAGUCCUGAAAUCAA